UUUAAGGGCAAAAUCGUCACAGAAAAGCAUUUAAAGCGUCCUCACACUGACACUAUCGCCCAGCUUGUAGAGUGAGAGAGCGCAAGAAAGAGGAAGUACUCACCUCCAAAUGGCUCCUUCUUUCUCUCUCAUCUUCCUCUCUGUUUCCGUCCUCGUCUCCGCCACCGCGGCCUGCCCGGCGUCGGACCGCGCCGCCCUCUUGGCUUUCCGCUCCGCCCUCUCCGAACCCUACCUUGGGAUAUUCUCCUCCUGGACCGGGCACGAUUGCUGCUCGCGCUGGUAUGGCGUCAGCUGCGACCCCGCCACCGGCCGCGUCGCCGACAUCACCCUCCGUGGCGAGUCCGAGGACCCCAUCCUCGUCCGUGCCGGCCGCUCCGGCGGCAUCAUGUCCGGACGCAUCUCCCCCGAGAUCUGCCGCCUCGACCGCCUCACCACCCUCGUCGUCGCCGACUGGAAGCGGAUCUCCGGCCCCAUCCCCCCCUGCAUCACCUCCCUCCCCCUCCUCCGCAUCCUCGACCUCACCGGCAACCGCCUCACCGGUCCCCUCCCCGCCGACAUCGGCCGCCUCUCCCGCCUCACCGUCCUCAACGUCGCCGACAACAAGCUCUCCGGCUCGAUCCCCGGUUCUCUCCCCUCUCUCUCCUCUCUGAUGCACCUCGAUCUCAGCAACAACCUUCUCUCCGGUCAGAUCCCUUCCAACUUCGGCGGUCUCCGCAUGCUCAGCCGCGCCCUCCUCGCCCGCAACAAGAUCUCCGGCCCAAUCCCGGCUUCGAUCGGCUCCAUGGCCCGCCUCGCCGACCUGGACCUCGCCGGCAACCAGAUAUCCGGCGAGGUCCCGGCGGCCCUGGGGUCGAUGCCGGUGCUAUCCUCGCUGUACCUGGACGGCAACCGGAUCUCCGGGCGGAUUCCUGCGGCGAUCAUCGGGAGCCGGGGUUUGGGGAUGUUGAACCUGAGCCGGAACGCGCUCGAGGGAGAGAUACCGGACGCGUUCACACCCCGGUCCUACUUCAUGGUCCUAGACAUCUCGUACAACCGCCUCCGGGGUCACGUGCCGAGGACGCUGUCAUCAGCGGCGUACAUCGGUCACCUGGACCUGAGCCACAACCACCUAUGUGGGCCCAUCCCCAACGGCUCCAAUUUCGACCACCUCGAGGCCACCUCCUUCGCCGGCAACGACUGCCUCUGCGGCACACCGCUCCCGGCCUGUGGCUAGAACGGGACUCCACUGAUCAUAAGCCCUCCGUUGUCGAGAUCAAUGGAGGGUGUGUGUGCACUCGAGUUGCUCUUCUGUGUGAUGUUAUUUGUUUCUUAAGUUAUCACGGAGUUGGGAAAUAUCGGCGAGGAGGUGGUGGAAAAAAACACCAUCGCUUGAGACUCGUUAAAGUUUAUGCAGUUUCUAAAAAAAGAAAAAAAACAAAGAAAGAAAGAAUGUUUUUCACGUAAUGCUAAAUUAAAAAAUUGCAACUCUUUUAUGAAGGUGUUGGGAUUUUGAACGA